UAUUUCUUUGUAGAGAGAUUAAUGGCCUCAUUGUGAUGUUUUAAUUACAUUUAGCAUUUACAUUGAAUUAAAAUAGCCAUGUUCUUGUGAUGCUUGUAAAUCCGAAUUUUAGUUGCUCCACCCAAGUACGAGGCCGAUCUUGGGAAAUAUGUAAUUUGGAGCGCGCACGGUGGUGGUAGCAACCUUCUUAUUAUAGCGCAAUGGCAGAAACACAUCAGCAAACGAUACGUGGAUUCUCAUUGAAUAAUUGUUUGGCUCGUGGCUGGGUGAAAGCCUAUGAUGACACACAUUUACAAACAAGCUGAAACCGCAUAAGAGGACAGAUGACUCGACACGAACAAAAUCAUUUUCAUGGGACACCGAGAUAUGCAUCUUUUUGUUUGUAUUUGCUGACUACUGAAUGAAUCAUUGAUCACGGACUGCUAGUUAGCUUGUCGCGCGUUAGCAGGUAGAUAGUCCGGAAUUUCUGGCCAGCUGCAUUGCCUAGGUCCUAUAGGUAUUUGGAUUGGCUGUGGUUGUAACUAUAGCAUACUAGGCUUGGAUACAACAAUCAGGUCAAUUCUAGCUACAUUCAACCAUUCCAUGUUUACUCGGAGGUGUAUCAAAUUGGCUGGCUAGUUAACGAGCUAGCUAGCCAACAACACUGAGUCGGACUGGAUUAUAAUAUUCCACGUUGCUAGUUAUUGUAUUGUUUCCCUCCAGGAAUUUGGAUUUAUUUUACAUUGCGUGUUUAAUAGAACAUUAACAGUACCUAGCUACUUAGCUAUAGAUAUCUUUGGCCCAAUUKCUUUGGAACUUUACGCCGAGAUUUCCCUCAACAGCUAUAUUUAUAAACGAAUUAAUUUAAACCUACUAUAGCUAGCUAGUGUUCUUAGUUUUUCGAUUUGGAAAAUGGAUGCGGGUAUUGAAAAGGAAUGCAGCGCUCUGGGAGGGCUCUUCCAGAUCAUCAUGAACGACAUGAAGGCUAGUUAUCCAGCCUGGGAGGACUUUGUAACCAAAGGAGUUAAGCUGCAAUCCCAGCUAAGGGCAACCAUCAUCGUCACAAGCUCCUUUCUGGAUGCCUUUCAGAAGGUGGCAGAUAUGGCGACUGGAACAAGAGGGGCGACAAAAGAGAUUGGCUCAGCCUUGACGAGAAUGUGCAUGAGGCACAGAAGCAUCGAGUCCAAACUGAAGCUCUUCACCACGGCACUAACAGAUACCCUGAUCAGCCCCCUGGAGCUGAAGAUUGAGGAGUGGAAGAAGGUGGCCAGUCAGUUGGACAAGGACCAUGCCAAAGAAUACAAGAAGGCCAGAGCAGACAUAAAGAAGAAAUCCUCAGAUACAAUCAAGCUGCAGAAGAAGGUUAAGAAAGGAAAGGACGAGGUGCGCGGGCAGCUGGACAACGCCCUGCAGGAGGUGAACGUGCGCUAUGCUGUGCUGGAAGAGACUGAGAAGAGGGCAGUGUGCCGGGCGCUCAUCGAAGAGAGGGGCCGUUACUGCGCCUUUGUCAGCAUGCUCAAACCUGUGCUGGAUCAUGAGAUCAGCAUGCUGGGAGAAGUGACCCACCUGCAGACCAUCCUGGAAGACCUGAGCAACCUGACGGCCGAGCCCAGCAAACUGCCCCCCGCCAGCGAACAGGUGAUCCUGGAUCUAAAGGGAUCCGAAUACAGCUACAGUUACCAGACGCCCCCUGCCUCCCCCAGCAACACAAUGUCCCGCAAGAGCAGCAUCAGCAGUAACUACAACUCUGUUCGAUACGUCCCCUCUCUGGACUCCAUCGCCACCUCGAUGGACAGCAUUCACCUCUGCCUGCCCUCCAUGGACCCAGCACAGCGCCGCUCGCCCAGUCCGUUGGCACGCUUUGAGGGCUGGGACGGCACCGCACGCUCCCUCAGCGAGGGCAACUCGCCAACCACCUCCGCCCGCUCUGGUGCCCACCGCACCCAUGUCCGCUCUGCCAGCCAAACCAGCCACAGAGACACCACUGAGUUGAGCAGGCCGUGGUCGGGGCAGAUCGGGCCGGGCACAGAGAAUGGCACGGCCAAGCCCCCUCCACACAACUCCUACACACAGCACGGAGAGAGAGCGCGCACCAUGUCCACAUCCGGAAAGCUGGCCCUGACCCUGGGCGUAGGGCUCAACUCGGAGGCCCCCCACACCAGUCGCGACUCCCUCCACUGCUCUAGUGGCUACAGCACGCAGACCACCACGCCCUCCUGUUCCGAGGACACCAUUCCCUCCCACGCUGUAAAGAAAGAACCUCCUCUUUAUGACUACGACUACAUCUCCCUGCACGGGGGCGAGGAGUUGCACCGCAGCCCGCCCGACUUCGACAAGUCCUCCACCAUCCCGCGCAACAGCGACCUCAGCCUGCAGUACCGCAAGAUGUUCCAGAGCAAGCGGCCCGCCUCGACCGUCAGCCUGCUCGCUGAGCCCGAGCCGCUGGGCCUGCGCCAGACGCACACUGCCACCAUCCGCCGCAAGCCCUCAUCCAAGCCCACCUACCGCCGUGGCACCAUCAGUGGCGGCGUACCUAUCCCUAUCUGCACCCCCCAGGUUCCCUUCAAAGCCUUGGGCGGAGGUGMAGGUGGAGGCAACGGUGGUGGAGGGGGGAAGAGCGGGAGCGACGUGAACGUGGGGCCUCCAGAGAGCAGUGUGGGGAAGGGCGUGAUUGGCAUGAGCAGAACGGUGGACCAAGAGCUGGURCUCGACAAGCACAGUCUGUGCACUUCCACCCAGAGCUUGAGCGCCAUGCCCUCGCACCACUCAUCAUCCACGUCGCCCUACUACUCUCUGAUCCCGGGCCAGGCGCCAGUGCCCAUGGGCAGCUCAGAGCAGCUGUACCAGCUGAGCAAGCAGCAGCAGUAUGCCCUGCACCAGCAGCAGCAGAAGCAGUACCAGCAUCAGCACCUACAGUACAACCAGCAGCAGCAGCAGUUCCAGCCACCCCAGACACAACAGUUGCAACCAGCAGCCCAGACGCAACAGCAAUUUCAAAUACAGCAACAGUUCCAGCAACAACAACUACAGCAACAGUUACAACAACAGCAGCAGAUGCAACAACAGCAACAGCAGAAGCUCCAAUAUCAAAAGCAGCUGCAGCAACAGCAGCUCCUACAACAACAACAACAGCAGCAACAGUUUCAGCGGCAGUCUCAUCUCCCACAACAGUACAACGCGUCUGGGACUGCCAACCAGCUGGUGGAAAGCGGCCACUGCCCUCCCCCCCAGCAGCCCCCUGCCGCCCCAGACACCCAGGACGCAGAUGAGCCCUCGGGUGGUGGAGGUCACAUGGUCACCAUGAUCCGGGGAGUGAAACUGCGUCGGACCCUGACCAAUGACCGCUCUGCCCCCUUCAUCCUCCUGCCCAACCAUUUCAAAUGAGCCCUUCCCUACCAGUGUAGGUUGUCAUCGUUUUGUUUUACGGUUCUCGCUUUCCUUUUAGCCCCGUUUUGAUUACAUUUCUCCUUAGAAAAUAAAGGAUGUUGCCUUUUUGGGCGUUUUGUCUCGGUAAAGGUUUCCCUCUCUCCAAUCAAAUGUCCAGUAGCACUGUGUUUUAAACAGAUUGUUAUGAUAUCCCUCAGAGGGACUCGUAGGUGAUUGRGGCCUCUUUAUCGCUCUGUAAUAUAAGAUUUUUAUACAUACUGUACAAGGAUACGUGUUGGCUAUAUAUACAAGAAUUUGAGUGCAUAAAUGAUAAGUCUUAUGUUUAUAUAUUGUUGAGGGGGGAAAAAUGCCUUGCUUGCUUAUUAGUCUUAUCACCUGUAUGGUUGGAACCAAUAAAAACCCACACAUAUGUAUA